AUGGCGUUCAAUUUCAACUGGUCGCCGUUGAUGGCCGACGCGGGCUUUUACACCCGCGCUCAGGAUUUGUUGACGGCCGCUCUGAAUAAGUCGCCAAAGCCUCCGAUCAUUGUGGAUGACAUCAAGGUCACUGAGUUGAACCUGGGAUCGAUACCGCCGGAUUUGGAAAUUUUGGAGGUCGGGGAUCUUGCAGAGGACCGGUUUCGCGGCAUCUUUAAGAUGUCAUAUGUGGGCGAUGCUUUCUUGACCUUGAAAACGAGGGUUCAAGCCAACCCCAUGAACACUCUCCUCAUGACACGCCCUUCUUUCGCAUCUCCAAAGCCGCUGGCUGCUGCUGCCGGUUUGACGAUACCACUUCAGAUCACGCUCUCUGAAUUCCGACUAUCCGGCUUCGUCGUUCUCGUUUUCUCGAAACAAAAAGGCAUCACUGUUGUCUUUCGUAACGAUCCCCUUGAGUCGUUAAAAGUGUCUUCUACAUUCGAUUCGAUACCCUUCGUUCGCGACUACUUACAAAAAGCCAUCGAGGGCCAGUUGAGGAUAUUGUUUAUGGACGAGCUACCAGCAAUCAUUCACCGCUUAUCCUUACGCUUGUGGGUACCGGAAUAUCGUGACAAAGAGGAAGCGCCAGCCAACACUUUGGAAAACCCAGCAGAACCUGGUCCUGGCCAGGAUCCUCUAGCCAGCCCGCCCCAAGAUCCAGUCGACGCUUUAGGAAACGCUCUUAACCCAUCGGAGAUUGCCUCGCUAUCGCUGGACUCUGGCGUUGAGAUCCAUUCCUUAUUCUCGCAAAAGAAUCUACUUCGUCUAGCUGCGUUGACAGACUCGCAGCGCACGUUGUCCCUGUUCACUCCCUCUAUUCGGGACGUCGUUUAUAGAGCCUGGACCGCAUCAUCGGAUUUAGGAGAGAGCAACACCCUAACAUCUCCGAUGAGCCCGGCACUGUCGAGAACUCAAUCACAUAUCGGUUCCUUGCACUCGUUUGUUGAUAAUGCCAGUACAGUCUCAUUGCAAAGCGGUGGGUCAAGCAACUUUAGCAGCUAUGGCCUACAUUUGAGAUCCGGUCGACAUUCAAAGUCUCAAACAAAGAAGCGUAAGAAGCGCGUGGUAGACCUACGCCGUCCGAAGACUACAGACGACGUUGAAAGUGUCAGCGGAGAUAGUAGUUCUUGCUUUGAGACCACGACCAGUGCUCCGACGGUAUUCUCAUCUCCAGCGCAUUUCUCUGAAGAAAAGAACGACGAUCCAGUAACCCCACCACUCUCUCCUCAGAGCGACCUCCACCUCCCCACGGUCUAUGAACGUCAAAGAAUGGGGCAAGGUGAACGGACCUUAACUCAACGCUCAAGACCCCUUGCAUCUGCACCAGAAACUGGAGAAACAUCCUCAAGCAUGGAUCUUCACCCAUUUGUCGAUGCUUUUCCGGAUCCAGAUGCAACACCUCGAAACACUGUCCGACUUCCUUCUAAUGCAGGCCGGACCAAUAACAAAUCUCCUGAACGACGCCUACCCAGCUCUGCAAUUCAAUAUACCGAGAUACCUCCUAGAGGUAUUAUAGAGCAAGCCUGGGUCAACAAAAUGGCUGGUGAAUUGGCACGCAGAAUGCACGACGAGAAGAUUGGUUCUUUGAAACCUGACCAGUUUCCCGAUUACUGGGAAAACCAUGGUCGCGAAGAACUUCCUCCUCCAGCUUAUGGCCAUUAA